AUGUCCGCCAAGAAAUGCAAGAAAGUGUCCGUCCGCGAGGACCUCUGCAUGGGGGAACCGGAAGUGGGGCGGCUCGUGGACUCUGGACAGGCGGACGAUCGACGGCUGAUUCGGUUGGUGCGCGAGCGUCGGUUGUUGUAUGCGCGCAACAACAUGCCGGUUGCGAGUUUUUACACUCAGGUUAAGCGGCUGUGGCAAGAUGUCGCGCGGGAGAUGGGGUGGACUGUAGCAGAUGUGAGGCGCAAGUGGUCUCACAUCCGCAACUCGUACUCCAGGCACCUUCGGAACGAGAUGCACGGUGCAUGCACCAGCAAGGGCCGCAUGGUCUCCAAGUGGUAUCUUGCAGACGAGCUCGAGUUUUUAAGAGAACACAUGGCUACAGAUACACGCUCAGCCCCAUAUCCCACAUUCGCCAAAUCCUUGCUAGAAAUGGACAUGAACGAAUCCAGUCAGGAGCCCCUCGACGUGAAACCCUUCAUCACGAACCCCUGGUUCCUCGGAACGCAACUGCCCUUCGACCAGAAGUUCAACAGCGACGAUAGUUGCGGUUCCCAAGGCUUCAGGGCUGAAGAAACGGCAUCCUUCUUCCAAUUCUUUCGCGGGCUGCACGCUGAUUAUGAAGAACUGUCUCCCAAGCGACAGCGUACCUUUAAAAGCAAAUGCCUCGAUAUCCUGCAUCAGUUGUUGGAUGAACAGGAGAACUAUGACGAUCGGAUCCAACAUAACGCACUAAAUCUUACGAGUUCUAACAUCAGCAGUGAUGAUGAGAGGGAUUGCAAAGUGGUGCUUGAAGCGACCAUGAUUAAGCCGGAGAUAAAGUGA